AUGGCGGCGCGUUUUGUUCAAGUUUUAUUGAGAAAAAACACAGUUAUAAACUUCUAUUUUUCUCGUCAGCUAACCAACAAAACAAGAGUUUUUCAACUUAAAGCUACUCUGCCUUACUUAUCUGUUUUUAAAAGAAGAGAAUUUAGCUCAAAUAGUCCCGAAAAUGAGCAAAAUUCAGGACGGAACGAAAAAGAAAACCUCGAAAAUGAGGACAAAGGACAGAUAAAAGGAACUGUAGGAACGGUUAUUACUCAAGGCCCUUUUGGUUGGCUCUCAAAAAAGCUUCAUAUGGUUCUAUUAAAAGCAUUUUUUGAUCCGGGAUUCAACGAAGAAGAGUUCCUUCGUGGCGCAAAACAAGCUCUUAUAGUCACAUCAGAAAUCCUCGCAGAGCGACGCUUCCAAGACAUGUCCAAAAUUUGCCCCCCAAAAUUUGUGGAUUUGAUCCAAGAAGCACUAAAAUCCAAAGAUCCUGGACCAGCUAUUCGAGCUGUUGAUAUAAUUAUGGCUAAGAUUAAGAAAAUCCAGCUUGGUUUUACGGAAGAGCAGAAGAAACAAGUGGAAAUAGAUGUGACGUUUGUAUGUCAUCCUAAAGAUCAAGACUAGGCCACACAGGUCGUUGGCAAUGUGAAGAUUGUUCACAUUCGACAUCCAAGAAUAGUACAGUAUCGAUUUAGGAAGUUUUGUGUUCCUAAUGAUGAUGAUUGGCUCGUAGUUGGAAUUGAUUUAUGACUUGAGUCUUAAAAAAAAUCACGUAUUUGUGUUUUUCAUUACGUCAUGGUGCAAUGUUUUCCCAACACAGACCACGUGUCAUUUCCUAGAGUAUCAUUUUUUCGUUUAGCGGUUGCACAUGAGAAGACAGACGAAUAUGAUACCAGUGAUUAUAAAACAAAGAAUCUGACUCUAGUGAAUAACAUGUGGUUUGUAAUGGGAAAACAUUGCACCACACUGAAUUAUGUCUAUUUUAUGCCCGGGGGGGGGGGGGGGGGG